GAGCCUUUAUGUGUGCCUGUCACUGAGCUGUCAUAGAAUGAAUGUAUACGGCUAGCCGGCUAGUAGCUUUGGCAAUGUUGUCGCUCUCAGAAUGAUAUCGCAGCGGGACACAGGCGAACUUGCUCGGUUUUAUACUGUCACGGAGCCUAAAAAGCACAAGAGAGGUUAUACUGUGUACAAAGUCACCGCAAGGAUAAUCUCCAGGAAGAACCCAGAGGAUGUUCAAGAGAUAACAGUGUGGAAGAGAUAUAGUGAUUUCCGGAAACUUCAUCAGAAUCUCUGGCAGCUGCACAAGGAUCAAUGUAGCCAGUCAGAGUUGUUUCCUCCUUUUGCCAAGGCUAAAGUAUUUGGACGUUUUGAUGACUCAGUGAUUGAAGAAAGAAGACAGUGCUCUGAGGAUCUGCUACAAUUUUCUGCUAACAUACCGGCGCUCUAUGGUAGUCAGCACAUCCAGGAUUUCUUUAAGGGAGGUGAAGUACAUGACGGCUCAGAUCUUAUUGGACCAGCUGAGCCCUUUUCAGAUUUCCUGACAGAUAGUUUAUCAGACUGCAGCUCUGAUGUUCAAAGAGACAUCAGUGGGGCAGAUGAUUUGACUAUCACUUCUGAGUAUGGAGGCCCGUCCAGUGACAGUGACCUGACCUCUCUGGCUGUGGAUGCAGAUUCCUUGGCUGAGCUGGAUGAUGGCAUGGCCUCAGGUCGCACCUCCCCAAACCAGCCACAGGGGGGAGCUUCCAACAUUAACUGCAGCUGUAGCCCUCACUUGCCAUCCCUGCAUGAACGCCGCACUCCAUCUCCUGCCCCAAUUACUGCUUUCUCUGCCCCUACCCCACAGGUCAGCCGGACAGGCCGAACACCUCUCUUUUCUGGCACUUUGAAGAAAACCAGUGGUGGAAACUCAAAGGAAACAAAGUCAGACUAUUUAGAAAAAGCCAGCAGUCUCAUUGGUGUGGCUGUACAGAAGGAAAAAGAGCAGGACUACCAGGCAGCUUUUUCUUGCUAUCGUAGUGGCGUGGACCUGCUACUGCAAGGAGUGCAAGGGGAGCCCAGUCCCACACGGCGAGAGGCAGUGAAGAAGAAGACUGCAGAGUAUUUAUUGCGCGCAGAACAGAUAUCCAGUCAACACCUAAAAAGCAACAUGGGUCAAGGCUCAACACAGACUGUAGCUUUCGGAGCACAGUGCUGCCCUUCCACCAGCAGAAUAGACGAGCAGAAUCUAUCUGAGGAGCUAAGAGUUUACAGAGUGUUGGGGGUCAUAGAUAAGGUUCUUUUGGUCAUGGACAAGCGAACAGAAGAGACUGUCAUCCUGAAAGGUCUGAGGAAGAGUAGUGAUUGUGGGCGUGCUAAAAAGACCAUCAUACCUCACUCUGUGCCUCACAUGGUACAGCUGAGGAAGUUCAUUGUCACUGAGGACGCAGUUUUCCUUCUGCUGCAGUAUGCUGAAGGUGGAAAACUGUGGUCUCACAUUGGAAAGUACCUACGUGAUUCAAGCCCAGAGGGAAGCUUUGACAUUCCUUUCAUCCAGAAGAGCCACACCGUAGCUGUGCACUCUCCACACCAUGCUGUACCACAGCUGGAUGUAGACUCGGCCAGUUCUGGUUCAGGACCUCUUGCUGGUUCUGAUUCUGUCUCAGAGCUGCAAAAAAAGGGACACAACCUCAUCACAUCUCUUCUUAAAAGUGCUCUUCCUGCCCGGCUUAAUGAACAAAUUGGGGCCCUGUCAGACUCUGGAGCCAACUCUGAGGAGGAGUGCACCAACAGUUACUUGACUCUUUGCAAUGAGUAUGAGCAAGAGAAAGUUGAACCAGAUGUUUUAGAGGAGGCUGAAGGGAAGAUUGGUCAGGAAGUAUUAUCGGUGGAAUUGCCCAUUACAAGGACCACCACUUCCUCGCGCAGUCGCUCACUGGUGAGCAACGACAGCCUCUCUUCACCUCUCAGCUCUCAGGAACUUGGCUUCUUUACUGAGUCAUCUGACAAAAGCGGUCACACUCAUGACAAUGAGCAAGAUCAUGGUGAAGGACUGGAUCACAGUGAAGUUUUUAGUCCUUUACCCUCUCCUGCUGUGCCUCUGUCUCUUGAUCAGUCCAAGCACACGCCAAUGGAGUUCUUCCGCAUUGACAGCAAAGACAGUGCAAGUGAGGUGACCUGCCUCGACUUUGGAGAUCAGCACCUCCCUAAUAAGCAGGUCCCAGUUUUUUCUACAUCUGAUUUGGGCUCGGACAUCACCGAGGAUCUUCCAGAGCUGGCUCAGGAGGUCAAGGGCCACAGCUCAGAGCUCUGGUGUUUAGAUUACACAGAUAAAGGCGCCAAUGAGUCAGUGCCAGUCAUCUCAUUUAAAGAUGCAGUAGUGGAGGAUGAGGGUCACCCACCUGAUCUUUUGGUCAACCUUCCUGUAAUGAGUGGGGCAGUAGACUCAUUACAGGAGGCAUUGGAGACAUCAGGAGUGUGUCUUGGCCUCGAGGUCACAGCCUCUCCUCAAAAGUUAAUCCAGCCUGAUGUCUUACAGCUUCACAGCCAAUCUGAGGACGGGGAGGAGCAGGAGCUUUCAUUUUUGCAUACAGCUUCUGUACCAUGUGACACCAGUGUUGCAUCCUCCUCUCCCCUCAAGUCAAUCUGGGAUGACUCUGGUCUGUCAUUUGGAGAAGAAGCUAUUGACAAAAACGCUGUUGAAGGAAAAUGCCAAAAUAAAGACCUUGCCCUUGAUGCACAAAUUCUAGAUACGGACUCCUAUUGUGAGAAACUAGAGGCUGGUACGAAAGUAAACACAGACUCCAUCCCAGCCACGAUUGGGACUGAGGCCUGUGCUGUGGUUGAGAGUGUAUUAGACCUUGAUGGUGAAUUAUCAGCAGUUGUUAGUAAUAAGAAUGUCACAGACUUUGAUAAAGAAGUAUCACGGCUCUUCGCAGAGCUGGAGGAACAGUCGUUGGCUGCUUCCCAAGCUCGUAUCCCGGAGGAGUUUGUUCGAUGCUGGGCUGUAGAAAUGGUGACUGCUCUGGAUUCUCUGCACCAAGAAGGUAUCAUCUGUCGAGACCUAAAUCCCAACAACAUCCUACUUGACAACCAAGGUCACGUUCAGAUUACCUACUUUUGUAGCUGGAGUGACGUUGAGGAGUCCUGUGACAAAGAAGCCAUUGCGAAUAUGUACUGUGCACCAGAGGUGGGAGGCAUUGGUGAGGAAACCGCAGCGUGUGAUUGGUGGAGUUUGGGCGCCAUCCUGUUUGAGCUCCUGACAGGCAUGUCCCUGCUCCAGUGCCAUCCAGCAGGAAUCAGUCGCCACACGGCUCUCAACGUCCCCGAGUCUGUUUCAGAGGAGGCUAGAUCACUGCUCGAGCAGCUGCUGCAGUUCAACCCAAUGGAGAGACUCGGGGCAGGAGCUGGGGGUGUGGAUGAUAUUAAAUCCCACCCUUUCUUUGCCAAGGUUAAAUGGCCCAAGUAGACUCUGUGCAUUGUUGGAAUGCAGAACGAAGAAGAAAUGCAUUCUGGGAAACCGGCAGUUUCCAACUGAACUUUUGGAGUGGACACACUAGAUAUUCACUCAAUCCAGAUUAAGCAUCUCUGUACAUGUCAUAUUUUGUUGCACUUGUGAGAUUUAUUUUUCUUUACUUUAUUUUAGAGCAGCAGCAGCAUUACCUGUCUAGUGAGUGUCACUUUGUUUUUUUGAUCCACUACAGCACUGUUGCCAUUGGAGAUAACAACCAAGAAUGAGAGGUGACAUUUUGUUCUCGUGCUUUCACUGCUUUCAUGUAGUUCUGUACGUUAGUCAUUCAGAAGUGACGCAGACUUAAGUCAUCUUUCCUACACACCCAUGUGCAAAAACCUCCAUUUAUUGCCUCCAAUAACACUCAAGCCAUUCCUCAUGAAGCCCUCUGAGAUUAAAGUGGGACGGGUUUCGGCUUUUCCUUUGAUGCUGGGGUUGUCUUGUUGCUCUGAGAUAUAUAUAUAAAAAAAAAAGAAAAAGUAAAGUGAGAUAUAUCUAAUUUUUUUACUGCUUUUUUUAAACUAACCCUUUUCACUGACAACCAACCCAUGUACAGUGACAAACAGACACUAUGCAAGAUGAACAAAGUCUUAAUUAUUUAUAAUAUGUUUGAAAAGAUCAGAGUACGGAAAUGGGCCAGUUGAACAAAGUCAGCGUUUCCCCUUGUGGUCAGUGUGGAGCUUUUCAUUCAGAAAACCAAGGAUGAAUCUUUUUACAGAUUACUUUAUCAUGAAUAUCGAAGAGGAAGAACUCCACCACAUCACAAGUGGGAACAUGAUUGAUGUAAUAUAUUUAUUUCUUUAAAACCUUUCGAACAAAAACAAUUGCUGGUUUUGUAAAUAUACAUUUUUAAAGGGUGUGCUGACUUGAUGCCACACACAGGUGUCAAUCACAUACUGCCUCAUCAAUCAAAUCCUUUUUUUUAGUUUGAUUAGUGUUUUGUGUUUGAGAAACACCGCCAGUAACUCGCCACAUACAGUAGAUGAUCCUGAUUUUCUAAAAUCAAUAAUGAUUCAUAUGGUAAACACUUUCAUGGUAACAUCGUCUCUUGUAAUCACUUGUAGAAGCUCUACUGUUUGCACCGCAGUGUCAUAAUAAUAAUAAUACAUGUUACUGUUACACAUUACCGGAAAUGAACCUUUUCUGUCAGACGUAAACUUCACCGUAAAUUCUGAUCUUUUUCUAUUGAAUGCUCACUCUUGUGUGUUUCUGUACUGGUCUGUGAGUGCAUUCUGGUAAACAAUAAACACACCUGUACACACCGGA